UCAACACAACGAAGCAACAAAUUCACCAAUCGCUCGUUCAUUUUCAAUCUACCCUCAAACGAGUCGAGUAGGGUCCGUUUUGGUGGGCGGUCGUGCUUGAAGUUUACACGACUUUUCUCACAAUUCUUUUUUGUGACAAAAAAUAAAAAAAAAUUAAAAAAAAAAAAAUAUAAAAAAAUUUAAAAAAUAUUACAAAAAAAACCCAAAACACAAAAAAAAAUUGAAAAAAAGUAGCAAAAAUCGAGCAGUGUUGAAUUUAUUAUAAUUUAUAUAAAAAAGAAAAAAAAAACGACCCAAUUAUCAAAUGGCUUCCCUAUACGUUGGAGACUUGCACCAGGAUGUGAAUGAGGCUGGCCUCUUUGAAAAAUUCUCUUCAGCUGGGCCCGUGCUAUCGAUCCGUGUGUGCCGCGAUGUAAUUACACGACGUUCGCUUGGAUAUGCUUACGUUAAUUUUGCCCAACCAGCUGAUGCUGAACGUGCACUUGACACAAUGAAUUUUGAUUUAAUCAGAAAUCGACCAAUUCGCAUUAUGUGGUCUCAACGUGAUCCAUCACUUCGUCGUUCCGGUGUCGGUAAUGUUUUCAUCAAAAAUCUAGACAAAAGCAUCGACAACAAAGCCAUCUACGAUACAUUCUCUGCUUUUGGUAAUAUUCUCAGUUGCAAAGUCGCCGUCGAUGAGAAAAACAAUUCAAAGGGAUACGGUUUUGUACAUUUUGAGACAGAAGAAGCUGCCAAUAUGUCUAUUGAAAAAGUAAAUGGCAUGUUGUUGGCUGCUAAAAAAGUCUACGUAGGCAAAUUCAUUCCACACAAGGAACGCGAGAAGGAAUUGGGCGAAAAGGCUAAGCUAUUCACAAACGUUUAUGUGAAGAACUUCGGCGAAGAUUUUGAUGAUGAAAAAUUAAAGGAACUCUUUGAGGUAUUCGGAAAGAUCACAAGUCAUAAGGUUAUGACCAAAGAAGAUGGAAAAGGCAAAGGCUUUGGAUUUGUUGCCUACGAGACAACUGAAGCUGCUGAGGCCGCUGUUACUGCACUGAAUGGCAAAGAAAUGACAGAUGGCAAGAAUUUGUACGUUGCCCGUGCCCAAAAGAAGGCCGAACGUCAAAUGGAAUUGCGUCGUAAAUUCGAAGAGCUCAAGAAGAAACGCCACGAAUCAGUUUAUGGUGUUAACUUGUACGUCAAGAAUCUUGACGACAGCAUCGAUGAUGAACGCCUUCGCAAGGAGUUCUCACUCUACGGCACAAUAACAUCUGCCAAGGUCAUGACCGACGAGGAUGGUCGUUCCAAGGGAUUCGGAUUCGUUUGCUUCAUUUCGCCAAACGAAGCCACAUGCGCCGUCACAGAGCUUAAUGGACGUGUUGUUGGCUCCAAGCCAUUGUACGUUGCUUUGGCUCAACGCAAGGAAGAUCGUAAAGCUCACCUUGCUUCACAAUACAUGCGUCACAUGUCUGGCAUGCGCAUGCAACAAAUUGGACAAAUCUUCCAGCCUAAUGCUGCUGGUGGAUUCUUCGUUCCAACAAUGGCUCCCAGCCAACGAUUCUUUGGCCCACAAGUCACCACACCAAUGCGCAACACACCACGCUGGGCACCACAAGUUCGUCCAGCUGCUGUUGGACAAGGAGUUGCUCAGGGAGCAGCUGCUGCCGCCGGUGGAUUCCAAAAUGCUGCUAUGGCUGCAUCGACAGCUCAAUUCAGGCCACAAGGUGCCCGUGGAGCUCCACAAGCUGUCCAAGGCGCUCAUGCUGCAGCAACAGCAAGUGCAUUGAGAAAUACUGGUGCACGUGCCAUUACCGGACAACAGGCUGUUACAGCCAACAUUCAGAUGGCAGCUCCAAUUGCCACAGGACCACAACCACGUGCUCCCAAUUACAAAUACACAGCAAAUAUGCGCAAUCCACCAGCACAGCAAGUCCAAGCUCAAGCUGCUGUACAACAGAUGCAUCCAAAAGGACAAGAGAAACUCAUCGCUUCCCUUUUGGCUAAUGCUGCACCUCAAGAUCAAAAACAAAUCUUGGGUGAGCGUCUCUAUCCAUUGAUUGAGCGUAUGUAUCCAUCGUUGGCUGGUAAAAUCACCGGCAUGUUGUUGGAGAUUGAAAACUCUGAACUCUUGCACAUGUUGGAAGACAAUGAAGCCCUUAAAGCCAAGGUUGAGGAAGCUGUUGCAGUUUUGCAGGUUCACCGUGUCAAGGACCAACAAAACUAAAAAUAAUUUCUUUUUAGUUUUUUUUUUUGAAUUCAACCAGAAUACCGAAGCUCUAAAAAAAAUAAUGAAAUAAUCAAGCAAUUACUGAAAAUCAAUCUUAAAUAUCUUAAAGCUUUGAAACCGAAGAAGAAUUUUUCAAAAAAGGUUUUGAGUAUUUUUUUUAAUUGCAAUAAUAAUGAUAAUAAUAAUAAUAAUAGAUAUUUUUCACGGGUCCUUUUGCAGAUAAAGAAGAAAGAAAAGAAGAUUAAGCCAUUUGUUGUUUUUUCGACGUGUCUCAAUCAAUUUGGAUAGAAGCCGACACAAGUAUUUUUUUUUACUCUUUUCAAAGUGGCUUAUCUUGCUAAUGCAUAAGUAUUCUUUAUUAAUUUUUUUUUAUAAAAGGCAAAUUGUGCCUUGAAUUGUAUCACCCAUUUUGCCCAAUAAAUUUCGUUGUGUGCAUUUAGUUACGAAAAUUAAUUCUUUCAUAUUUUCGUUUUCAUUUUUUUUUUUUAUUAUUUUUUUCCUAGAGCUGAUGGUUGUUAUAUUUGUUUCUGUUUCUGAUUAUUUUUUUUUUCCAUAAAUAACCAAAACCUAAAUUUUUCCCUCAAAACGAAGAAAAUAUCUUAUAUACUAAAAAAAGCAAAAAUACAAUAAAAAUGGAAAACAUAUAAAAAAGAAACAAAAAAUCGAAAAUUAAUUAAAAAAGAAAAAAAACACAAAAAGGAAAAAAAAACUUCUUAUGAAAGAAAUGUAUAAAAUAUAUAAAAAAAAUCUCAAAAAAAUUGUAAAACGAAACAAAAAAUUUUAAAAAAUUUACAAAACAAAACAAUGGAAUAUAGGAAAAAGAGAAAAACAAAAAAAAACUUGAGAAAAGAAAAAAAUGAAAAAAACUUACAAAAUUAUCCAAAAAAAUGGUUAUUAUUGUCGUCAGAUGAAAGGGAAGAGAGAAAUAUAUGAUUUUGCUACUUUAAAACAAAAAAUAUAAAAAAAAACUUCAUGAAAAAAAUAUAAAAAAACAUAAAAAACUUUAUAUAUAAAAAAUCUCAAAAAAAUCGUAAAACCGAGUAAAAAAAAAAAACAAAGACAAAAAAA